CCGCUGCGGGGAGAGCGGCUCUGAGAGGCGGGCGCCUGCGAAUUCCCGCGCCGACGCCGCCGCUCCGCGCACGGGUCCGCUUCCCUCCCAUCCCUUCCGCGAGCGGGGUUUGCAGGGCAGCCGAGCGAGCACGGAACGGAAAGCAAGAUCCUCACCGCCUCCGCUUGGGGAGUGGAACGGCGCGCGGAGAUCUUGAGGGGGAGCGACAGUGCCCGAGGGCGGAGGGUUGAGGAGUUCGGGACCGAGAAGGAAGUUUGAGUCUCGCGGAGGAGGUUGGCGUCUGGGGACGCCUCGUCGCCACGGCCGGGGCCCUACGGCCGGGUCAGCUUCGCGGCGGCCGUGCAAGCCGGGGAGGGGCGUGCGCGGGGAUGAUGCUGGACAUUCCCCCCGGCUGGUGAGCGGUCCAGCCGCCCCGGAGGGCGCAAGGCAGCGCACGUGCGCGGGCAGCCAGACCCCAGAGGGACUGCGCUGUGACCCGCCCAGGGGCGAGGGCGCCGGCUGCAGCGCGGCCCCGACUCGGACGCACCUGGCCUGGACCUUGCGCCCCCGGAGACCUGCGCGGGAGUGUGGUCCUCCCGGGGAUCGCCCCCUUCGCCUCCCCUCCAGCCUGGGCAACUGCAGGGGCCCCAGACGACCAUGAGAGAUAAGGACUGAGGGCCAGGAAAGGGAAGCGAGCCCGCCGAGAGGUGGCGGGGGCUGUUCACGCCAAGGGCCACCGCGGCCGCGCUCCGGCCUCGCUCCGCCGCUCCACGCCUCGCGGGGCCCACGGGGCCAGCCCGGCCCGGCGGGGAUGCUGGGGCGGAGGGCGCAGUGGCUGUGCUGGUGGUGGGGGCUGCUGUGCAGCUGCUGCGGGCCCCCGCCGCUGCGGCCGCCCCUGCCCGCCGCCGCCGCCGCCGGGGGCGCGCUGCUGGGGGACGGCGGGAGCCCGGGCCACGCGGAGCAGGCACCGCCGCCGCAGACCUCCUCCUCGGGCUUCCUCUACCGGCGGCUCAAGACGCACGAGAAGCGGGAGAUGCAGAAGGAGAUCCUCUCGGUGCUGGGCCUCCCGCACCGGCCCCGGCCCCUGCACGGCCUCCAGCAGCCGCAGCCCCCUGCGCUCCCGCAGCAGGAGCCUCGCGGGGAGCCCCCGCCGGGGCGGCUGAAGUCUGCGCCCCUCUUCAUGCUGGACCUGUACAACUCCCUGUCCGCCGCCGACGACGAGGACGGGGCUUCGGACGAGGAGAGGCGGCAGCCCGGGCCGCGCGGAGGGGCCGGCUCGUCCCAGCCCCGGCAGCCGCCCCCCGGCGCCGCGCACCCCCUCGGCAGCAGGAGCCUCCUGGCCACCGGACCUGGCGGCGGCGCGUCCCCACUGACCAGCGCGCAGGACAGCGCCUUCCUCAACGACGCCGACAUGGUCAUGAGCUUUGUGAACCUGGUGGAGUACGACAAGGAGCUCUCCCCUCGCCAGCGACACCACAAAGAGUUCAAGUUCAACCUAUCCCAGAUUCCUGAGGGUGAGGCGGUGACGGCUGCAGAGUUCCGAAUCUACAAGGACUGUGUUGUGGGGAGCUUUAAAAACCAAACUUUUCUUAUCAGCAUUUACCAAGUCUUACAGGAGCAUCAGCACAGAGACUCCGACCUGUUUCUGUUGGACACCCACGCCGUGUGGGCGUCGGAAGAAGGCUGGCUAGAAUUCGACAUCACGGCCACCAGCAACAUGUGGGUCCUGACCCCCCAGCACAACAUGGGACUGCAGCUGAGCGUGGUGACGCGGGACGGGCUCAACAUCAACCCCCAAGCCGCGGGCCUGGUGGGGAGGGACGGCCCCUACGACAAGCAGCCCUUCAUGGUGGCCUUCUUCAAGGCCAGCGAGGUCCACGUGCGCAGCACAAGGUCGGCCACCGGGCGGCGCCGACAGCAGAGCCGCAACCGCUCCACCCCUGCCCAGGACGUGUCGCGGGCCUCUAGUGCCUCAGAUUAUAACAGCAGCGAACUGAAAACAGCCUGCAGGAAGCACGAGCUGUACGUGAGCUUCCAAGACCUGGGGUGGCAGGACUGGAUCAUUGCGCCCAAGGGGUACGCUGCCAAUUACUGUGACGGAGAGUGUUCCUUCCCUCUGAAUGCGCACAUGAACGCCACCAACCACGCCAUCGUGCAGACCCUGGUUCACCUUAUGAAUCCCGAGUACGUCCCCAAACCGUGCUGUGCGCCCACGAAACUGAACGCCAUCUCGGUGCUUUACUUUGACGACAACUCCAACGUCAUCCUGAAAAAAUACAGGAACAUGGUCGUAAGGGCUUGUGGGUGCCACUGACACAGGACGGCUGCUGGGGACACAUGCACGGCCUUGGACUUGGACGCCUGUGUUACACCUGCCUUAAAAAGCACCCAGAAGCACGAAGAAAGCGGGACAAGACGCCGACAGAAUCUCCUGCCCGCUGCUGCCUUUCUGCCCAGCGGACAUCUUAAAGGACCUCGUCCGUAACUUGCUCACAUAGUAAAUGUCGUGAGUAGUUGUCGGUCCCUAGGAAGCUCGGUGUGCGUCUGUAGUAUGAAGUCUUGUGACUACAGAAAUGUAACUUUGAAGGAUUCCCCUCUGCCCCACCAAACCCACCAAAAUUAGUUUUUGCCUUAGAUCAAGCUCUCUGUGGUUGUAGUAAGUAAAUAGGGAAAAUAAUCUCAAAGUAAAAUUCUUCUUGGCUGAAAUAUGGGCAGUUUCAGUAGUUGCUCACAGGUAGAUUUUACAGGUAACGGGAAUGGGGGGAAAUGCCUCCGUUCAGCUCUCAUCCCGGGAAGGUCGGUUUCACGUGGGAUCCACAGCCAGGCGGGAGCCGGGCGGCCUGAAAGUGCCUUCUGUCUCAGCUGUGCUGUUCCGUGUUUGCGUGGGCGUUUUGUCGGUGUGAAAAUACACUUAUUUCAGUUGAACCACAGUUUCUUUCCCCCUCCCCCCACCAGCACCUGCCAUUUGCUUUGCUAGGACCCAACCAGAGGCCAGAGUGAUCCCACGUGGAGGCGAGGCUCUGGGGAUGAGAAGCCUUUGUAAAAGCCAUCGUUUUAACCCGAGCUGCAUGCCCGCACCUCUUCCUUCGGGGGCUGGCUCUUUGAAAAACACGUUUACAUCAGCAACGUCGGCUCUCAGCUGUGUCGGUAAAAAAAAAUGGUUCUUUGCCUUUUACUGGACAGCAUCCCGCAUCGCGGGGCCAGACAGGGACGGGCACCCAGCCUUAGGAAGAGGUUAGGAUGGGCGUGCGGUUUACGAACCGCAACCACGGUUUUCUCCUGUAGAAAGUCAGACUCAGAUUAAAUCAGAGAAUAGUUUUUAAAAUAUCUUUUUCACGAUCAUGUACUAGGAAACCAAUUUCAUACUAAACUGAUUAAAUAAUACAUUUAUGAUCUAUAACUGCACUUACAGCUUUUUUGUAAAUAUAAACUAUAAUUUAUUGUCUAUUUUAUAUCUGUUUUGCUGUAACAUUUAAGAAAAGACCAGGCUUUUUUUUUUUUAAAAAAGAGUUUAUUUAGAAAGUAUCAUAGUGUAAACAAAUUGUACCACUUUGAUUUUCUUUUAAAACAAGACUCAUGAUGCAAAGCUGAAGCCACUCACGAGGACUGUGCUUCUCUAGAAAGUUGGGGGUUUUGUGUUUUUUUUUUUUUUUUUAAA